GGAAGUAUUCAUGUGGAUGAAAGUAGAAGGAUUCGUGAGUGUACAGUCAUAAAGUACCAUCACGCGAUGGUUUAUGCGUUGAAUACAUACAAACCCAACCAAGCGUAUAGAACAGCUGAUAAUUACAGUGUGUACUUUUACAAAGAACACGAAGAUGUAUUAGGAGAAUAGAAAAUCUGUCGAAGGCAAGCAACAUUGAUUACAAAAUAUUUGACUAUUAUUUUUGUAGAUGGAUCCCAUCGAGAAAUCGUAGGAAUCCAGCUAGCAAACACUUCCUGUGCGUCACGCAGCUACGACGAUAUGGCAAUUGCAGCCGCAAAAAAUUUCACUGGACAACCGCGGAUCAUUCUGGCGGAAAGAGAGAAGGGCGACGAUCACAAAAGAUUUUUUCCUGAUACUUCAACGCAUGAGAAGAGGAAAGAUGAACGAACAAUAAUUUCUCUAGAAGAAUCUCGGCGAUGGAAUUCGAAAAUCACUUAUUAAGUCAGUCGGCCAGCACCGACACGAAUACUUGAGGAGACGGGGCCUUCUCGAUCCGGAGAGAGAAAGAGAGAGGAAAAGAGGAGAGUCCACCGCGUCCUCCGCGAUCGCGGCAUCCCUCACUAUGCUGGCGAAUGUAGGUCCUCCCGGGUCGGCACCUAUAACGCGAACCUCCUACCUUGCGCCUUCGACUACAGUCGCUUCGAAAAGCAGUACUUCUCCCUCUCCUUUUAACCCCACCAACCUUCGGAGUUCAUUGAGAGCACGAUAAACAGGUGUCCCGCAUACCGGGCAAUAUAAGUGUAGCCAUAGUGUCCUAGUGUCGUAUAUUUUUCAGUAGGACACUAGUCAUGAAUAUGUAAAUUUCAUUUUCGAAGCGAGGACCGAUCGCGCAUUCUUGCCCAUGAGAAAAUUUUGCAAAAAUAUAAAUAUUAAGACAUAGCCCCCACACCAUUGAUAAUACAUAUAACACAAAUAGUGGCUGCUGAGAAUAUUAUAAACAGAUUAAAUUUAUGAAUUAAAUUUACCGGCGGUUCGAAAGUGUCACAGUCAGAUCCAAUAAUAUUUUUUUUAUAUAUAUUUUCAUAAAUUUUCAUCAUUUGAUUGAGGGCGUAAGAAGAAGAUUGCUAUUAGACCCUUCGCACUUUUAUAUCGUCCUGAAGUUUUUCGUAACAGUGCGCGCUACCAGCUGCCCGAUUUAGCUGCGACAGUUAACGGAUACCGUCACAUCGAUCGGUAGCACGAGCCAUACAAGGCCAAGAAAAGAAAUAUACCGGACCUACCUUGACCUACCAGCAGCGUUAUGGUUUUUUUUUGUAAUUUAUAAAAGAUUAGAGAAUGAGUCCGCGAAGUUUUACCACAAAUGGAUGACACAAACCAGACCCGGGCUGGCCAAAGAGUCGGUCGAGGAAGCUCUCCAAGGCGCCGCGUGUCCCGAUACCGUGGCCGACCGAGAGCAUCCAGAAGAUGAAAAAGACGAAGAAGAAGAAGCGGGGAAAAGGAGUCGAAAGGGUAGGGAGAGAAUGGCGAAGAGGGGUCCUAUCCGCUUCGCCUCUGGCUUCUCUCUCUUGAUACACCUUUCUCCGGUUCCCCAACACCCGGCGGCGGGCCUUGGUUCCCCUUCAGUCCUCACCGGGACACAGACAAAGUUACGCACCCGGAGAAAGGUCAAUCGGUCGGCUGCUCUGUCGCGCGGAGCUCUCGUAAACUUCUUUCCAUUCGAUAAUCAGGUGUAAUUUUUAUCCUAUCGUUUAACGAUCGAUAGCACGCAGAGUUGUCAGUCGCGAUCAAUCACGUUUCUCUCACUUCUCUUUUUUUUAUUCAUUUUUUUUUACGUUUUUCGGCUUUGAAUAUUUCUUUCGGGAAUCGUACUCUGUCGAAGACCGCGAAAAGUGAUCGCGAGGUGCUCGCCGAAACUGUCAUUUUUGGUGCCCAUGUAACGGACAAGUUAGCACCGAUACUCGCGGGAUUGGUUCACGUGAGAGUGCAUGACUUUUUUUUCCUAACUUUGAACUAGUUCAAAGUGCUGUCAUUUCGAGGGACUUCAAACAGAUGGGCGACGACAUGUGGAGGCUUUGGUUUACGAAAUUACUUCUGCUAGUGACGCUUCUGCUGACUAUCGCGGUUCAGACACGAUCCGAGGAUGGAGCUUUAUCGAAUAAUGUUAGGGCUUCCAGAAUGGAAAGGGAUCUAGAGGGUGAUUUUUAUGAUGAGUCGGUGCAAUAUGGAAACGCGAAUGUCGAACACGAGAGAGAAGGCACCAUCAACGUAUGGUCUGCGAACGAGGAUGACGUGAAUCUUGGGAGAAUCGACGAUGAUGAGGAUGGAUCUCUUGAGAACGUGCCGAAAAAACGUGUCAGAAUUCGAAUACCCGUAGUGCGUAGCAGAAGCGCUAGACAACACAAGCUUACGGUCGUCAGACGUAGACCUUUAAUGUCUCGCACGAAGGAUCUCGCGCACGUCACAACUGCCGAUCAUGUGCCACGAAGAAUCGUGGUGACGCGCGUUAGGACUCUUGGAUCGGACAAAUUGAUCUAUCCGACCGAAACUGUAGAUCCUGUUGAUUAUCAGUCUGCUAUCGGAAAGCACAAGGUGACUAUAACUAGACGCAGAAAGCUUCAAUCCACGCCAAUAUUAUCGAUGUCAAUCAAGGAUAAAGUUAGAGUUACUAGGAAGAAGCUGGUUGCAGUGCGACCGAUACUACCGACGCCUACUGCUGCCAUUAUCACUACUGGAUUCUUUACUGUACCUUCCGAGUAUGAUGAAGAAUAUUUAGACGAGGAAGAUGAGGACGAAGGCACGACCAUUGAAGAGGAAGAUCAUAUCGUUGUUACGCCUAAUCUUGAAGAAACACCGAAUCUUAUUGACAAUAAACCGGAUGAGGAAAUAAAUCUUACAUCGUUGAAAGGCAGUUCAAUCGUAGAAAGCACGUCAGACACGCCAGUGAUUAUUACCGACAACUUUUUUUUCCCUCUGUCUGAUGAUGAGAAAGAUGAAGAAUAUGAAGAUGACUAUUUCGACAUGACUACUACAACUGAAAAUGUUGAUAAUAUUGCCAUUUUAAUGAAGGAUGAACAUUUCACCACCGAAGUAAUUUCUACAAAGGAUGAAAAUAAUAUUGUGUCUAAUAAAAGUAACGUUGAGGAGAUAAAGCAUGAUAAUAUUACAACAUCAAUCAAUCAAAUUAUAUCAGAAAAACCGCCCGACGAACAAUCAGUAAAGACGAGUCAAGAAUCCGAUAAUGCAACAAUUAACAUAACAGAAUUAAUCGAUACCUCUUUAGAAAAUGGCAAUAUUACCACAAAAGAAUCUAAGACUGCCACAAUGAAUGAAGAUGUACCAGUUACUGAAAUUAUUCCUAUAGAAAAAGAUAAUGACGAUAAUUUUACAAAAGAGUAUACGACAACUAUCAGUCCUGAAGAGCAAACUACCUUCAUAGAUGACGUCACUGCGUUAAACACACCUGAAUCUACAAGCCUUUCCGAUGAAGAAGGUACUACGAGAAUACCUAUUACAACGGAAGAACAAAUUUCAUCCAUCACCGAGGUGAUAACGCUCAGUACGAAAGAAGAGAAUCAAGAAUUUUCCGAAGAUACCAAACGCGGAAUGAUGCCGGAAGCGAUCAGCGAAAUUCCGGAAGAGUUACUAACAGUACUGCCUAUACGACCGGACGUUAAAAUUGACUCUAGUUCAACUCAGAUUUCUCUAGUCGAAACCAUCCCUUUAUACAAUGCUACACUCGCGUCGAGCUUUGAAAGCGUUAUACCACUCGCGACCACAAAAUUAUCGUCGAUUACAUCGAAUUAUCCCACCGAUUCGUACAUACCCAGCGUGAUACCCCUCGGCGCGAAUUACACUCGCGAGACUAAAUCGUCGAUUCGCAAAACCUCCGUACUUGACACAAUUCCCGUGACGAAAGUCACGACCAAGAUCGCUUCGCCCACGCCGGAGGAGAUCGAGGCCGGACUAACGGACGAUAUUUACCUGUCGCUGUCCCGCCUCGAUUUCCCCGAGAUCUUGCCGUCAAAACCAGCCACGAUCGGCUUAGAGACCAAAUCUACGCCGGAUCUCAUGUUAGAGCCAAGCACGAGUGUUUAUUAUACGGAGACGGUAGUGACGUCGACGCGACUAAGAACGUACACGUACGUGGUGACACAACAGAACGGACUGGAGACUAAAGUGACAUCGUCGACGACCGUACGACCGAGAGUGACGACACUUACGCUGACGGUGCCCGUCACGGUGACUGUCACUCCUACCGUGGAGUCGUCAGCCGACUUCGUAUCGUCUGUGUAUAAUCCAGUACCCGUUGCCGGAGAAUAUGAGGCGAAGGACGAGGAGGAGGGACGCAGAUUCAAUCUAGCGACCCGUGUAAUGUCGAAUGGCGUGGAAGUCAUCGUCGCGGGGCCUACUCCGGCUCUGCGAUGGGAGAACUCGAAUCCUCAACCUACCCUCACUUUGUCAGACGCAGUGGUCAUGCUCCUGCCGCAGGAUAAACCGAACGAGUUUGUCACGAAGACUUGCACAACAACUUUCACGUAUCUCAGCACGAUCACCAAGGAUGGAACGACUACCGUCACUACAGAGCAGCAGGUUGUAGCGAACACGGCGACAGAGGAACGACAUAGAAAACCUGGCUCCGAAACGGCAGCUGUGACUCUGGACGCAUCCCCGACUCUACGUACCGAAGUAUUUAAAACGACUUACACGUAUCUGACCUUGAACACGGAUCAUCCGGAAGUGAAUGACGCUUUGGAAAGUAGCACGAAAGUUAUAACAAACACGGUUACCGCGCCGCAGCAUUACUUAGACAUGAUUCUCGAGCCAUCAGAAGCUCCGCGACCGGAAACAAAUACAUAUCUCAGUACCAGAAUGUUGGAAAAGACAUUUAUGGAAGAAGGUCGUACGAAAAUAGAAACGAUCAGCGACACGAUUACCCAGCUAAUCGUAACAGAAUCAGCACCUCCGCCACGACCGACCAGUGUCACAACGACCUUGACUGCUUUGGACAAUACUGACGGUAGCGUGACAGAUACAACAAAGACAUAUUAUAUCACGUAUACGUAUUUUAAUACAUUCUUGGAAAAAGGUAGCACAAUAGUUCGUACGAACGUAGCCACAUCGACUGAUGUGGUAUUGGAGAAAGUGCCAGUGCGAAAAACCACUAUGAAAACCGCUCCGAUUAAUCCUACACAGGAACCUAUACAAAUCUUUGCUACUAAAACAUAUCUUACAACCUUCACUUACUUUACGACGUUACUACAGGCUGGCCCAGAUGGAGAAACAUCGACCACCGUGACGUCUCGUUCGCAUAUCGUUGAAAACGUCGUAACGGAAUCGAUAGCGCCAAGUUUGUUAGAUGCCGAUUACAUGAAUGCUCUAUUGACGACUGCACACCAUUCCGACCCGGUGAAAAAUGUCGUCACAGGCUCGACGAUUAUCUUUUUUGACGAGGAGGAUCAGAUCGAUCCGACAGCGACUACAAAUCUCCCGGAAUCAACCUCUUUCACGGAAAUAAAAAAACACGAGAAAAAUGUCACCAGCACAACGACUAUAAUGUCGAUGAAUACAGUGUCGCAAAACAUUAGUUCUGAUACAAGACCAAUAGAUUCAAAUAAUAAACAAGAUAAUAAUGACACGCUAUCAACUGACGAGCCACAAAACAAACGUCCCAAUUCUCAAUCCGGAGAAGAUCUUCAAGUCAGUAAUCUUCUAAGUCUGGGUUCUUUAGGAAUAAACAGCUUGUCUGCCUUGGGACCGGUGAUUACGGCAAUGGCUGGAUUGCUGCAGGGGAAAAGCACUGCCUCUCGUAGAAACGACACCGUUGCCGAAACCCAAGAAGUCACAACACAACGAUCGCCGAUUUACAUUCCCGUUGCAGAAUUUGCUGACGGUGAUAUAGAAACCGCUGAAAGUCAACAUAUCGCUGCUCAUCUGGCAAAUCUCAAUCAUAAUUACAUCGCCGAGACGCGUCACAAGGUUACCAGCAGUCUCGCUGACGGCAUACCGAUAUCUCCGGGCGAAAUAAUCACGGCAAACAGCGAUGUUAUCAUAGGAAAACCGGGCAAAAUGGCACCGAGAUUGCCGCAGACAUUUUUGAAAGACGAAAAGCAUAUCGGCAUGAAACCUCCGCCUUUACCGGUACCGAAUAUUCCGGUGCAUCCUGUGUUAGAAGUCCUGGAGAACGAUCGCGACAAUGUACAAACUCAACAGACCGCGCAAGACCCGCAAGUGCAGAUCUUGCCGGCCCAUCAGAUUUACGAGGAACAUUUGAAAGUGCCGGUUUCAAUUCCUCUUGAUAUUCCGAAUCAUUCAACAGUUUCUAAACAAUCUCAAAAACUGCUUCCCGUUCAAUCGAUACUGCCCAAAAGAAUUGUCUCAAAGCAAGAUAUCUUGGAAAAUGAUCCUUUGCUGAAGCCGCCCGAUAGACCAAAUGUGGAGCAAUACGCAAAUCCUAAUGUAAAUCUUAAAAUUCCGGAAUGGAAUCCGGAAAAAUAUAGAAGACCUUGGAGUGCCAAAGAUCCUUUAACAUCGCCUUUAUCACCAGCGAGAUAUGACGAGAUUCAUCCGGAUAAACCGAUCGAGAAACCACGUCCGACUAUGUUGCCUUCAGAAGAACAAAAACGACCACCGUGGGCACAAAAAGAUCCUUUAUUACCGGAUACAUCUAUUAUUAUACAGAGCUCAGAAUCAAAACCGAUACCAACCGAGCCGAUAGUUCAUCAAGUCCCGCAUGUCAUUGAUAGAUCAACGGGGCAACCUCUAUUGGUCAAUAUUCAACCCAGUCAAGUAGCUAAUGUCGUGAUUCCUCAAGGUGGCACGCAAGCUCUGAUUUUUGGAGACACCAAUGAACCUCAUAUAAGUGGUCAAUAUUUUGACGAUCCUUCACCUUAUCCAGAACCUGAAGCUGGGCCAGGUUUCAUCGGUAUUCAGAAGGUGGAGGAUCUAGUGCAAUAUUCAAGCGAGAAAAAUCCAGCGGAUUAUAUGAUUCCUCCAUCACCACCUGCUAGUUUCAAACCUGCUUCUUCGAAACCAGGUUUCUCCAAUCAUCCGCACGCUCUGUUGUCGCCUGGGCGCGGAAGACCACAAGAAGUGCCAGAAACGCCUAUAAUACGACCUGAUAAAAGACCGUUGGAAAUUCACUUCAUUAAACGUCCUGAUGGAUCCGGAACUACCAGUCAGGGCCACGUUCAUAGAGAAAUUCUUGUACAUCACAAACCAGAGACAGUAAACAUUCGACCGCAACCCGCUCCUCAUUCAUCUAUUCAUUCUCAUUCGCAUUCUGUUCAUCAAACGCCAAUGCGCGGUCAUUUCUCAAAUAAUCAGAAUCCGGCAGAGCAAGUUCCACCGAGACGCGCAGAAGUCUCGACCGAAGUACCACAUCGCUAUAUAUUCCUGGGAAAACCAGAUUCUGGAAACGAGAUAACGUUAGGCGCCAACUGGAAAUCCGAUAAAAAGCCAAUCAGAUUCGCGUUAAACAAUCGACCGAGACCACGACCGAUAUUAAGACCGACGACUAACCGUCCUUUAGACAGGCAUGUCUUUGUAGAACGACCGACUGGACAUCCUGCGAGAAAACCAACAUAUCCUGGCCCGCAAAGACCUCCGGUAAACACGCAGCAUACUUUUGCACAUCGUCCGUCGAUAAAUUCUCAGUCUUAUCAGGAACCUACCCGAAUGCCACCUAAAUCAUUCACUCUGCAGAGUGAAAAUCAAAAUAGACCGUCGCAUAUUUAUUCAGAUAAAGUACAUAUUAUUGCAACGCCCAAUUCGCCAAGUGAACAAAAUAAUAAUGUGCCUACUGGGGCGAUAGAAUAUCAUAAUCCUUUACAUCCAAGUUUGAUACCGGAAGAUAACAAACAUUCUCAAAUAUCUACUACUAAAACGCCAGAAGAGCAUUCUGAAAAAUGGCAAAUAGGAGAGAGUGUGCUCUUGGAUGCUGAUUCAGACAUCGGUGCCUCGGAAUAUAUCAAUUAUCCGAACCAUUAUCAUGUAAAAGAAAACAAGAGCCAAGAAAAUGAUAACCAAAAUAAAAAAGAUACAAUAGCUUUCAUAUAUUCUCAAAAUAUCAAUCAAACCUUGAAAUCACAAACUCCGUACGGAACAGUCGUUUCCAUCAAUACGGUCAUGAAUAAACCGCUAGAAAUCGAGCAAGAACACGGUAUAAUUUAUAAACACGAAAUAAAGCCAUUGUUGCAAGGCCCAUACGGUACCAAUAUCUAUACAAGACCUUACGAAUCACCUAUAGUACAAGGCAAACCUUUCGGCGUUUAUAAUAGUUAUACGGUAGACCAGGCCACUCCUUACGGUUACAAACGAAAAGAAAAUAAACCCGAUUACGAAAUAGUUCACGGCAUACCCGCACCUCAUAGUGAGAAUACAAAAGUUAAGAAGACGCAAGACGGACAAGUCACGACACUAAAUUCGCUCGAGCGUGACGAUACUAUCGAUCUGAAACCACCUGCAAUUAUACCUCAAUUCGGCGCGGAAGUAGAUAGGCCAGGCAGACCUUACUCCAGACCGAUUAAACCUGAUUCGAGACCCGUUCUGUACUUCAAACCGGAAAUAUUAACGAAACCUUCGAUUAAAUUGGAGGUCAGACCUGAUUAUACUACAAAACGUCCGGAAAAUGUCAAACCGAACUCCGCGGAUACUUUUAUCAAUCAGACAUUAAAUUACGGAAUGAAAAUAAAUCACGAGCUGCAGAAUUGGAACGCAGAUGUAGCAAUUCCGAAUAUUGUAAAAUCUCAGCAGAAAAUAUCGGCGGAAUAUAAUUCCCGGAUUCCUGAGAUUAACAUGAAAACACCUGAGAAUAAAAAUGUUACUACAUCUCGUCCGAUUACGAACGGAAAUAAACGUCGACCGGAACACGGAACAUAUACAAGAAUACACCCGGAAUAUCCUCAUAUUCUGACAAAACCAAAACCUCAAGUGCCGCAACCGGUAAUCAUCUCGAGCGAUAACGCGGGACUGGAAACGCACAAUCGUCCAAACAUCAAGUUCUCCAUGUCGGUUGAGGCUACGGGCGAGGAAGUGGACAGCAAGACACAAACCGAAAGACCGCCAAGCAUGUUGGUCACGAAGAACAAUAUGUCACACAACAAGAAGAACGAUGAAACAUUGAACACAGCAUAUCAAACGAAUUUUGCCUCGUCGGAUUCCCAGGACAAGCGGGACGAAAUCAAAACGAGGCCGAUUAAUAACGAGGAAACGAAUGUUCCCUCCAGAAAUAUGAUGCCACCGCCCUUGAAUGUAGCAACCGGGUCGAAUAAAUCGAGUAAAAACGAGCAAGAAGGACUUAAACCUCCGCCACCGCCGACGCCGCCAUCGAGGAAUGUACUCGGAUUGUCACCGCCGCCGGUAGACAUCACUACCACUCAUAUGCCGGUAAAGGAUAGAUUCGCCACUGACGAAUCGGGUCUUAAACCGCCGAAAUAUAUACCUCUAAAAGAAUCGACCACAGUCGCACCGCCUCCGCCUAGCACGAAUAUGGUUCCACCUAGUCCGAGACCGUCGCUCACAAGACCUUUCCUCGUGGAACUGCUAUCACAGGAUAUGGUACCACCACCACCGGUAUUAACAACGACCAAGCCGCUCGAGAUCGCUACCGUACGACCAGCCGUCGCUGUUUCCGGUUCUAUACAAAUAGCGACUGCUGUUGCCACGUCUCAUAUUCCGGUGGUUCAGGAUAUUGAAUCUAAGAUACCAAUUAUUCACGGUACUGUUGACCUUCCAGUCGUAAUCGACGUUCCCGAUAUUCUCCGAUCCGCAGAAACAUCAACAUCGACAAAACGGAUUACCGAACAUGUUAGCAUUUACACGGCGCGACCUUUCGAUACAAGACCCGUGUCUAGAAGCUCCAUUCAAACAACAUCGACAUUGUCUACAAAUAUGGUAAUACCGACAAAGCUAAGACCUCAAAUCAAUUAUAUUCAGCCGAGCAGAUCAUCGACGAUCCAUCGCGAUGUCCAUCCGACGAGAUCGCAUAUACCGGAUAUUCCUCCAAAUCCUGUUAAGCGGCCUGAGCAUCCAGUAUUCUUGGAAUCUAGUUACGAAAAUAUCUUAUCAUCGACGAGGGUGGAGCCCACUGAGUCUUUAACAUUCAUUGUCGGAACGGAUCAAAAGAAACAACAACAUUCGACCAUAUCAAACAUCAAAACACAAAAACCGCAUGCAACCGAAUACAGCAUAGUCAAUAGAACAGCGAACGAAGAAUCAUCGAUAAUCGUUACCAGAGUCGAUAGUUCGAUCACUAAAGUAACCAGUACAUUGAUACCAAUAUCAAACAAUAAGACACGUUCCGAAACAAGCAAUUUAGCUACACAAUUCACAAAGAACAUUGAGAAAACUACAACUAGUGUCAUUGCUAAAGAAGAGUCCAACGUGACUAUACGUACGAUGCCAAAAGAGGUGACACGCUACAAGACAUCGACGGUAACGAGAACUAAGACAUCGGUACUAGGUUCGCCGCCAACAACGAGAACGCUUCUACUCACGCACACAAUGACCACGACGACUGUGGAGACGGUGACAGAAACAUUGCUGCGUCCGACAAACGUUGUGUCUACGGUAACUUCUACGAUCUUACAACCAAUCGUUACAAGGAUUCCUUCAUCUUACAAUAAUGUGGAUAAUGACUCGAUAUUCGUCGUGAUGAGCGAUCAGAAACCACCCGCGUCCGGAGCGGAAGAGGUGGAAGCUGAAUACGGAGAGGAAGUGUCUCGCGACGAAGAGGAUCCAACGGGCAAUGAAAUUCAUAGAGUACUGGCAGGAGGAGUACUUGGUGCGCCAACGAUCCCUAUGACUAUCGCGAAUCAAUGUACGCCGGAAUGUAAAUCAUCCAAGUCAGAAAUUUGUACCGAAGUAGGAACAGAGAUGAGAUGCGUUUGUCGGCCAGGAUUUGCGAGAAUGUUUCCGGAUCGACCUUGCAAACCGACUUACACGUACACUGUACGCGUUGGUCUGGAUCGCGUCGGUCAUGAAUUCGUGGCAUACGAAACUGCCUUGAAUGAUUCUGCAUCGGCAACUUACAAACGUUUGGCGGCACCGACGAAGGAGGCUUUAGACAGAACUUUAAUGCAGAGUGAUUUAAGAGACGUGUACAGAGGACUUAAAAUCGCCGGAUUCACUCCGGAUCCUACGAAAGUCGAAUUUCAUGUGCAGCUCAGCGAUAACGCUAACGAGACCAGAUUGAAGGAAGUCCUUCGAAAAUAUUUAAUUGCAAGCAAUUACAGUUUAGGCGGCACGGAAGUUUACGCCUCAAAGAAUCUUGAUUUGAUCGAGGCAAUCGAUUUUGAUGAAUGCGCUUCUAAAGAGGGUGGUCCACACCAUGAUUGUUCGCCUCAUGCGGCGUGCUUCAACUUACGAGGAUCGUAUCAAUGCUCUUGUAGAGAAGGUUGGGCUGACCUAUCGGAAAAUUCAGCCUAUCCCGGAAGAGUAUGCUCGCAAGCUCCAUUGGGAUGCGCUGGCUGCAGUAACAAAGGGCAUUGCGUCACCAAUUCUCUUGGUCAAGAAAUGUGCGAGUGCUUCCCCUGGCACAGUGGCCAACGUUGUCAAGUUAAUCUCAAAGUUUUGUUGAUAGCUCUGGUGACAACUGGAGCGAUCUUGUUGGGUCUCCUAGCAAUUUGUCUGGGAAUGACGUGCUUCCGACACCCAGGACGCAAUCGAAAGACCGGCGACAGACGGGCGAUGAUUCCCGGAACAAGUGGCGAUACAAGUAGCGAAGGUAGCGUCGCCGAUUUGGCCAUACCGCAUCAUGUGCCGCAUAUUUUACCACCGCCGCCGCAAAUGAUAGCGCCGUUACCGCCAAAUAAGCGACCAGUUCGUAAGAUUAGCGCAAAGCCUCGUCAACCGCCCAGAAAAGCUACUAUGAUUCCUGCAGCUGCCACGAUACCGAUGAAUGACGAUCAACGCGAUCGUUCCUUGACGGUAAUGAUACCGCGCGCUAAAUACCGAUCGGCACCGCAAUCUCCGCAAAAUUACAAGGCUGGUAUGAGCACGUUCGCCACCGAGGAACACAAACUCAUAAAUUAUCUCGACAAUGGCGCGAACUGUCCGGGAAACAGGAAACCAAGUAUAUCCAGUAUGAAGGACUGCAAGGAAGCUGAUCUGCAAGGAGCAAGAAAUCCGAUGACGCCCACGGGCGCUCUCGUUAGCGCUGGUUUCCAGGUAUCGGCGACGGUGACCCGUACUGUAGACGCCGAGUCCACCUUGGCACGCUCCUGCGGCGAAACGACUGUAGAGCCGGCGACUAAGAUGUUGAGGAGCGGGGAUCUUCAGGUUGACCUCGACUCAACUCUGGCGCGCUCAUGUGGCGAAACAACCAUCCAGGCUCCAACCAAGCUUCUCAGAUUGGAUCUAGGCGAAGCUGGUUCGACUCUGGCGAGAUCGUGCGGUGAAACGACGAUCCAGCCGCCAACGAAAGUCGCCGCCGCGCGAAGAAAUAGUGUCAAGGAUACUAGAGAUAACAGGGAUGCCAGAGAUAGCGCCAGUGAAGGUCAUACCAUGGCUGAGCGAGAUUUAGGCAGCACACUGCGACUUCCGGCGCAGCAUCCGCCUUUAUACAGUCCAGACAGAACUAGCGAUCGGGAGUCCAAUUUUGAUUCGCUGUAGAAGCUCAAACGAGAACGAGUCACGACGUGCAAGAAGAUUGAUCGCGGACAAAGCCGCUGGACGGUGUUUUCCGUAGAUUUAUUAAUCAUCAUUUGUCUACUGUUAUCAAAACUGCGAAAGGCAUCAGGUGUAUCAUUUCGAUACUUCUUCUAAUUUAUAUAUUACGGUCGCUAUGCCUAGCCUUUUUUAUUUUUUUUUCUACAGUUACAGUAUCAUAGACAUCUAUGUAAGUUUCUGUAUGCUAUACAUUUUAUAUUUUUAUUUAUUAGUAAUAAUUUAGUAUCACUUGAUGCCAAAAUUCGUCAAAAUUAAUAAGUUUUUCUCAUUAACGAAAUCUUUAUAAUUUGAUCGACGAAUGCGUCUGAAAUGAAAAUUCUGCGCGUAACUUUGCAAAGAUGUAAGAUGGUCGCGCGUGACUCAACCCCGUGCCAAAAUACAACCAAUGAAGUAAGGAAGCUCCUCGAAGAAGUUCCUUCUUGUCUUCCUGUAUAUGUCGUUUUCACGAGAUCGAGCAACUCAUCGCUGCAGAUGAUUGAAAUAUUUAUUUUAUCAGAUAGAAAAAUGCAAUAUACAUACAAUAAUUUGAUUGGUAAGCUUCAAGUUAAGCCAUUAAAUUUAUCGUCGAAGCCUAUAUUUUUAUAGAAAUAUAUAUUUAAAGCUGAAGAAAAUAAUAUUUCAAUCGACGCAGCUUAUACUUGUACAGCUUAUGCUUUUACGCUGUGCGAGUACAUCAGUGUCAUAAAUAAAUGGAUGGCGCCAAGACGUCGUGCAAAUAGCACGACGAGAAAGCUCGAUCUGUACAUUAAACACGAAAGGAGAAUAUUUUUUUUAUUAUUGUUGUUAUUGUUUGUUUGUUUAGUCUAUUCUCCGAUGAAAUGUGUUAUGUUGCCCGGCUUCGUUACAAGGCUUUAUUUCGGAGCGAUUCAAAUUCCCGAGAAAAGGCAUUUGCUCGAAUGCUAAAUUAUCUAUAUCAAACUAUGUAAAACAUUUUUUUUUAUGAUAUAGAUAUGGUAUUUUUUACGAUAUAUUUAUAUCAAAUAGAUGCUAAUUUAAUGUAUAUAUCCAGUGCCAAGAGCAACAUUGGCGAAAAUAAAUUCAGCAUUCUCUAAUUAAAAAAUUUAUAAAUUAAGACGUGAUUAAUCGUGAGAGAAUAGCACCUUAGUAUUCUACAUUCGAGAAAGAAAUGCUAUUAUUUCGGCUCGAAGCUGAGGGACAAAGCCGCGGCAACGUCGUUGUAUCAAACUCGAAAGAGAGCAUAUGAGACUCGUUACGAAAUAUUUACUGUUAGCUCAAUAGAGAUAGCGUAAGCUAAAAAUGUAACGAAUGACAGGUGUAUCAAGAAUUUCCCCUAAAUCUACGUUUCGUCAAAAUAUUAUUCCGCCCUCAUGUGACGAAUUAAAUUAUGCCGAUUUAAAAAACGAAAAUGACGAUGCUCAUAUCUUAAGUUUUGUUACUAACUUUGUCCUCUUUCCUUACGUCCAAAUAAAACUUCCAUUUAUACAUACACGUAUAUACUUAUAUAAAGAUAUUAUAUAA